CGUCGUCGUCGUCGUUGUCGCCGUCGUCGCCGUCGUAGUCGCCACCGUCGCUGGCGCCUCCGAUCCGUUUAUCAUAUAUUCCGUACCCCGCCGGACGACCGACCGGAGAGUGUUCCCGGCGGUCGCGCUCGACACACGCAGCGCAGCAGCAGCACGAGAUUCACUAGCGCCCCCCGGAGCAGUCGUCAUCGACAGGCUAUUGUACGGCACAGCGGCCGCGUAAGAUGUAACGUAAGCGAGAACGAUUCAAGACAACGCGGAACAAAGAAGCAAUACAAUACAAAAAAUAAUUUAUAAAAAUGGAGGGAACCAAAUGCUUCCAGAUACGUACUCGCCAGAAAUCAUUUUAUCACACUGGCGUCGUGAUGUACUUCAUUUGUGCGCAACUGAUGAUAUCCAUUGAUUCUGCAGCCCUUGUGGACGCUGUGGCCAUCGGAGUGGCCGUCGAAGACAAAGUGACAUUACCGUCGAGAAAUGAAGCGACAAACCCGUUAAAAGAACCGACGCCCAGCACGCUACAAGGGGCGUUCUUGGGCGGCAACCUGACUGACGUUACCAACGGCAGCACCAGCACCUCACCCGCGGAAGCGUCCGUUACGUCCACGACCGCGGCUGCGGCCGCCGAAACCGUUUGGAACGUGCAGACGGCUGCCGUGGCUACUUUGCCGGCGGACGGACACAACGCGUCGGCGAUGGCCACCAAACCGGAACCGGCCACCACUAUCAGACCACUGGAAUCGUGGGCGGACGUCGUUCAGACCAGCACGGAUCAACCGUCGUCGUCGCAGUCGUCCGGAGAAUCGGUCGGCGGUGGCGAUUACGGUCGGGACCUGAACAACAAAAACCUUGUGGCCAACAUGCUGAAGAGCUGGUUCAACCACAAAAACGAUCCGGCCACGCCAGCCGCGGCCGCUAACAAGGGAUACUAUACAGUGUCGACCAAAUAUAUGGUCAAGAACGGCGUGGGAGAGAAGGAAAGAGGACCGGUGACUAACGGCGAUGCGGAAGUGGGACCCGGCGCGGCGCCCUCGUCCAAAGCGGUGACGGUAGCCGUCAUGGCUGGCAACAAAAGCCUGUUCGAGCGAUGGGACGAAGCGAGCGAGGAACAGGAACGCGUUUUGGAAGACGCCAUGCGGUCUCAGGGACCCACGGGUGAUGCCGAAGCCGAAAGCAAUGGAGGCGACUCGUCGUCGGCUUCGUCGUCGUCGUCGUCGUCGUCGUCUGUAUUGGCCGCUGAUCAAAACACGCCUAGCCGGUGGUUCGUGUUACUGUUAUCCGGCAACUCGACCGUAGCACAGAUGCGACGCACCGAUUUCGCCAAAUACCUCAAGCUGAACCUCGCGGCCAGGCUGUCGCUGGAAUACGACGAGGUCAAGAUCAACCGCGUGUUGGUCGUCCCUCCGCGUCUCAUGGUCAACGUCAGCGUGGUGCCUGUCUCCGAACGGGCCUCGUCAGCAGCGUCCGUAGCCGCCGUGGCCGCCGUCGCGUCAUCCUCGUUCUCGUCCUGGUCUCCGUCGGCCUCCGACAAGACCGCGGCGGCCAUAUCCGAUCGGGUGGUCGAGGAUGAUGACCCGCUGCACAACCUGGUCGAAACCAACGCCACGCUGAUGGAACUGUCCGGAGAAGAAUAUCGGGUGGAGAAAUUCAUGUCACUGAAAUCGCAAAAGCCACAAUCGAUGGAGGAGGCGACUGCCGUGGUGAGUGACCGGCACGCGGACAUCGACUUCUUCAUAUACGCGACGGUGGGCCCGCUGUGCUUUGUCGUCGUGCUCGGGUUCUUGUUGUUGACGCUGUACAAGUACGUGCGCAAACACCCGGUCCAGUGGCCGUGGACGCGCAAGUUCCGGCACGCGUCGUUCUGGCCGGAACACCAGCACCGCCACCGCCGGAUGACGGACGAGUGCGGCGCCAACGGAUGCGACUUCGGAGCGUCGUCGCUGGCCGAUGACGAGACGUCCGGCGGCGGAACGGUGAACGUCAUCUACUCGGGCGAGUUCGAGCAGAGCCAACAGCAGCAGCUGUCCGGUUCGUGGUUGGACGACGCCAGUUUCGUGCCCGACGACAGCCUGGACAGGAUACGCACGCCCACGCUGCGACGGACGGUCCCGCCCAAGAACAAGACGUUCACGGACAUGCUACAGCAGUACAGCGGCGUUGACGGCGACGACACCGGCGCCGGUGUUGCGGGCGGCGCGGGCGUCGACGGUGGCCGCGGCCAACAUCUGCAUCGUCACCGGCCGUCGCUCGACGGACAGUGCGCGGCCACCGUGCACCACGCGCAGAGUCCGCGUCUCAGUCGGGACAACAAGCUGCGCAUAUUGGGAUGUAAACAGUCGUGUCUGUUGCUGCCCGCCGUACAACCGGUGGCCGCCGCCGAAAAUACGACGGCCACGACGGCGACGUCGCCACCGCCGUUGCCAGCGGUGUCGCCGUCACAACCGUCGGCGGUCGCGGACGACCGGCAACCCUGAGCGCAUCGUACCCGAUAUUACGGGGAGCAACAUCAGAGUAUUACAACACGCGUGUGUGCUACAAGGGCGUUCUUAGAAUGUCGGUCGGAUAAGUGAUAAACUGAUAACCAACCGGACAUAAACCGUGGUAACCGAAGUAUACUCGUUUUUACACACUCACUCACUCUCACUCUAUAUCUUUCUCUCUCUCUCUCUCUCUCUCUCUCUUUCUCUCUACUGCUGCUGCUGCUCUUUACCAAAAAAUAUGUACUAAACAUAAAAAAUAAAAUAAUAAUAAUAUGUUUAUUAAAAAUGUAUACAUAAAAAAAAGGUUAGAUGUUAGCCGUUUUUGAUUCUUAAACACACACACGACUCAUACAGGAGAAAAACGUUAGGGGACGACAUAAUAUAAUAUUAUAUUUUAACGGAACAAUAAUAUUAUAAUUCACGUUGUUUAUAUAAUAUAGUACCUACCCGCGUAUAUAUUAUGUAAUAUUGCUUAAUAUGCAGACGCACUAAAUACCCGUUAUCCGCACGAGUUUUAACAAUACUCCUAUACAUAUAUAAGCAAACGCGCAUAAUGUGUUUUAUUGUCGUACGUCGGCGUACCUAUAAUCGUGUAAGUACAUUAUUGUUGCGACGUCUUCGCAUAAACAUAAUAAUAAUAUGUUAAUAUUAUAUUCAUAUUUUCGUGAUUAUUUUUAUUAUUAUCGCUAUAAUUAUUGGUAGAGUCACGAGUCACUGAAAAAAAAAAGGAGAAAAACGCAGCUAAGACAAAGCGUAAAAAUAUAUUAUAAUAAAUACUCGUAAUUUAAAUAUUAUAUUGUUUUUCGUACGAUAUUGAUCAUUUGUAGGUGGAAUUUUUUUCCGUUUAAUGAAGAUUAUUAUUACAUAUUAUACGUGCACAACACACAUGUAUAUAUACGGUAGUACUCUAUGUACUUGUACUUACUACAUUUUAUUACGAUCAUUACAUAAUAAUAUUAUAUACACCGAUGGUCUAUAAUAUUCGUGUAUACCUGUAGGUUAUAAUAUGUACAUAUUAAGUUAAACGACUAGUGUUAGAUUCGUCUCGACUUUUACCUACAUUUUAGCAACCCAUUUAUGGUUAUUACUCCGAUAACACACAUUAAACUAACUAUGCCGCAGCUUAUAUGAUAAUAAUGUAUACCUACGACAAAGUUGGUCGGUUUUGUUCUCGUCGUUAAGACAUAGACUGUACGUUUCGCGUACUAUUGUUGUAAUAAUAUUAUCGUCUUGUCCUAUUAAAUUAAGUUAACGUAAAAAAUAAGUCAGACAAAAUAAAUGCGUCGUAAUAUUAUAAGUAUUAUUAUAAUUAUAAUGUAACAUUCGUUAGGCUGUUUAAUUAACGGUUCGUAGAGAGUCUUCGUGUAAUGCUAUAAUAUUAUAUUGGCGUUUUUUUUUUAUUUAAGAAAAUAACUAUAUUGAUAAGCCAAAUACCAUUAUAAACCAUAUUAUUAUACUUAGUAUUAUUUACGGACUUGGUUUCCUUACUGUAUGGUGUGUGUGAUGAACACAUAUUAUCUAGUAGUAAAAUAAAUUAAUAAUAAUAUUAAUAUUAUCUAUAUUUAAUAAUAAUGUGCUAUAUUUCGUAAUUAAUUAUCGACUGUAUUAAAAAAAGUACGAUGGAUUUUUUUUUUUUUAUAUAUGUAUAAUAUAUAACUUGUAGAAUGAAAUCGAUGCAUAUGAAACGAAGUCAACACCGUUUACUAGAAACAAUAGCGCAUACAAUAUUACCUAUCUACUAAAACAUUCCCUUAAAGUUAGUAAUAUACUAAAUAAUAUUUUAAUAGUUUACAGUUUAGAUAAUAAUAUGCAUCUAUACCUGUGUGUAUCUGACAAGAAAAUAAUAGUUACUAUAACUAUUUAACUAUACCUUCACUAUGACACUAUCCAUGGUUAAAAAAAAUCAAAAAAUGGUAAUCAUUAAUAACGAUAUUAUUGUUGUAUUAAUUACCAUUUCGGUCAUGUAGUAUAAAAUAAAAUAAGUAAUUGUGUCUGCACGUUAUUAAAUAACAUAACAAAAUAUAGCAUACAGUCGAUUACUCAAUUUUCAUAAUAUGUGUAAGAAUACUUCUAUAUUUUUAUUUAAAGGUUUGCGUGUUGUAAAUGAGAUUUAAUUUAUGGCCCGUCAAACACUAAAUACAAUUAUAUGUUUAUUAGUGAAUAUAUACAAUGUAUAAAAAUGUAUUUAUACAUUAUUGUAAUUUGUAGUUAGAAACGUAUUAAGAAUUUUACGUCUUAUGCGUAUAGAUAAUUUUUGUUUUAAUUAUAUUUUUUUUCAUCUUAUGAAUUAGAUCAGUUGACGAUUCCUACCAUAAACUAUUGUAAAUGUCUUCCUCCUUCUUUUUGUUGUAUAAUUAAGCCUAUAAUUUUAAUAAUUUCUAUUCAUAUAGAGUAUAUUAAUUAUUAAACUUUUUUGGCCAUGAGCUAAGCAUAAUUGUAGCUAAUUUUAAACAUAAAAAUUAUUAUAUUCCUGGACGAUGUAAACGAUUAUUAUGAAUGUUUCUAUCAACCACGUUGUUUUAAUUUUUAAAUUUUAUUAGUUAAUUAUAUUUUAAAUUUUUAAAUUUUAUGUAAACAUUAUACAUAGUUAGUUGUGGUU